UCCGCACCUAAAUUCCAACCCAAACCACCAAAGGAGAAGAGAACCAGUUUGGAAUCCUCAGUAUCUCGAAGGAGACGCUUCAGGAUCAGAAAAGAGGAGCCAGUCACGGCCCUGAAAGAAUCGCAGGAUCCUGCCCAAUCUUCAGGAGCAGAGGUGCCACCAGAAAGCCGUGGACGGUAUUACAUCCCACUAGGGCUCGUGGGAGUCAAAUCCCCCAUGGAUGUACUGCACACUCCCCUCGAAGUGGAGGAGGUUUUCAGUAUCGCGCCACUGUCAGGUGUGCUGCGGCCAGGAGAGAGCCAGCAGGUCUCCUUCACCUUCUCUAGUGGCUUCAACACCAUCUCUGAUGUCAUGGCACUGUGCCACGUGGAGGGAGGCCCCACCUACGAGGUGGUGGUGACGGGGGAGACCUCCUGUGUCAGCUACUCCCUGAGCCCCCGGGAGAUCGACUGUGGCUCUCAGAUGUUUAACGAAAUUCAUCACAGCAAGGUCACCCUGGAGAACACUUGCAGGAGUGAAUUCAGCUGGGUGCUAAACCCUAGCACUGCAGACCAGCAGCUGCCUGGAGUGUUUCUGGUCAACCCCACCACUGGCUCCAUUGCACCUGGUGAGAAGCAAGUGCUGGAAUUCUCUUACAUGCCAGGAUUACCAGGAGCUUUCAGCAGGACUUACCAGCUUAAAGUGGGUGACCUGGACCCGGAAAAUAUUUGUCUGAAAGGAGAAGCAUCCUUUCCAAUGAUCUGUAUGAACCUGCCCUGGAACAUCAAAGAAAAUGAAAAAGAUGAGAAGCCUCUGACACAGCUCGUAAAACUCGCGCAAGAACACAGUCAGAGGAAGAAAUCCGUUGAUCGGAAGAAGACUCAAAGCCUGAAGACUGGGACCUUGAAGUCUCAGACCCAAAAAACUCGGACUGCAAAGAGUCUGAGUCCGAAGACUGGGAACCUGAAUCCUGAUGUGCUUGACUCUGGCAUUGCACCAAACACUCAGCAGAUAAACACGGUGAAGACGCUGAUUGAGAAGGCUGCUCUGGAGAUGCAGGAAAAGCUCACACCCCAUUCCCCAGAGAGCAAGUUCCCUGACAAAGAACUGUGCCAGAGCCUUGUCAAAGUUGAGCUGCCUGAGUAUGUCCUGGACAUGGGCACUGUCCGUAAGGGUUUCACUGAGAGAAGCACUCUGGAGAUCACCAACCCUGGGCAGAUCCCAGUGUCCUUCCAGAUCGAUGUAUCUGUCCUGCAGGACACAGGUUUCAGCGUGGAGCUGGACCAGGUGCAGGGCCUGCCCCACAGCCACACCAGGACGUUUGACGUGCGCUUUGAAAGUAUCCGGCAGCCACGGGGUGACGUGGAUGUGCUGCUGCCCAUAGAGGUGAAAAAAGGCCCCACAUAUAACAUCCGUCUGCGUGCCGCUGUGUCUGAGCUGUCACUCGAACUCUCCAAGAACACUCUGCACUUCUCUGCUCUGCUCGUUGGGCAGUGCCAGGUUGAGACAAUCCAGCUCUACAACUGGUUCCGAGUACCCUGCCGAUGGUCCAUCAAGCCUGUUCAGAAGAACAAUCAGCACAUGUACAUGACACCAGCCGUACAUCAGAAGCAGCAGGCGCUGGAGGAUGAGCCCUGUCCCUUUGAAGUGAAGCCUUCCAAAGGAACCCUUGGUGCAGGAAGGUGGCAGAAGCUGCAAAUCACAUUUACACCCAAGGAGGAGAGGUCUUACAAGAAUGAGCUGGAGCUUAACAUUAAUGGGAGCAGCAAUUGCUUAAAGCUGCAGCUCUCCGGACAAGGUCUGGAGCCGCGGUUGGAGUUCAGCCCUCCAGCACUAAAGAUGGGAUGGAUGCUGGUGGACAGCACUGGGGUGGAGGCCACAGUGGUGGUGAAGAACCCAUGCAACUUUCCCAUUGAGUUUUACUCCCUGGAUUUUGAUGAGCAGCACCUUGAGAAGAAGAAGGUCACAGAUCCGAAGACCUUGACUGGGGAGAUCCUGAGGGAUGGGAAGCUGCCAGCGGAAGACCAGAUGCUGGAACAUCUGGGACUGCAUCCCGACAGCCCUCCCCUUUCCCCUGCUGCUGUGCUCUCCAGUGUCGAGUACCCAGAGAAGCGGCUGGGCUCUGCAGAGCGUGUGCAGGACAAUCUGCUGGGUGCUCCAGUGGUGCCAGCACUGAAGGCCAAGGCCCCAGAUGCAAAGGGCAGUUCUGCCAAGGGCCAACCAAAGACGGGUAAAGCAACCAGCAGAGACAGAUCUGCAAAGGAGAAGCAGAUCUCCACACGGAGAACAGAAAGUUCCCGGGCCUCUUCUGCAACAAGAUCCAAAAGUACGCUGGAAAGGGCCUCAACCCCCACAGUAUUCCUCAGGCUUAAACAGUACCGGUGGAUAGUGCCUGCCCAGGGUGAGGUGGAACUGAAGGUCAACUUCUUCGCCAAAAAGCCAGGGAGGUUUGAGCAGACACUGAGCUUUGAGCUUGUGCCAUCAAAGCGCCAGUACAAGCUGCCCUGCAGUGGCACUGGCCUGUACCCCAGCAUCAGCCAGAACCCACGGGUGGUGUUUCCACAGUGGAGGGCGACCAUGAAGGAAGGUGAAGUCAUCUUCAAGGAAUAUGUUGAGAGCACAAAGCAAUUCCACUUUGGACCGCUGCUGUGUGGGAGAUCAAGAGAGUGGUACAAGACCCAGAACUGUCCUGGCAACUCUGAAAAUAUAACCAUCUUCAACAACUCCCCCACGGACGUAAAGGUCCGAUUCUCCUUUGAGAAUGCUGGGGAAGCAGAUACGUUCCUUUUGAACCCUCCCCGCAUGAGACUGAAACCAAAGGAGAAGAAGGAGCUGACCAUUUGGGCAUACCCCACUUCCCCUGGCUUCCUGGAAGACAAACUCGUCUGCAGCAUUGAGAAGAACCCGAACCCAGUGGUCUUCAGCCUGUGCUGCUAUGGGGUGGGCAUGAAGAUGGAGGUCAGCACCCGGGAGCUGUCUUUUGACAAACUGCUUCUGCACAGGACUGACUGCAGGACCUUCGUCCUGAAAAACAACAGCAUGCUGCCCAUGGCCUGGCAGCUCCGUGGGCUGGAUGACCUUGUUGAGAACUUCUCCUUGUCACAAAAUAAUGGCAUCCUUGAUCCCCGCUCAGAGUUUGAAGUGACACUGCAUUUCAAGGCUGAGCAGAUUGGCAGCAUUGAGAAGACCCUCCGACUAGAGGUUUCAGAUGCAGAAAACAUCCUGGGGGUUGUUCAGACAGAAAACAUCAAAAUCUCUGCAGAGGUCUAUGAUGUUUCUCUGGGCAUUGACAUGCCUGAAGGUGCAGAUGGAAGCUUGGAAUUUGGAACAAUUAAUGUCCUGGAUAAGGUGAAGAAAGUCCUGAGUCUAAAGAUCAAAGGGAUAUACAGGAUUGAGUACAGGUUCACGCUGAAGGGUGCAGGUCCCAGGAUGCAAGACUUGGCAUCCUACUUCACUGUUACACCUCAGUCGGGCAUGGUGAAUGCCUCCCACCCUGAUGCGAGUGUUGAGAUAAUCUUCCACCCCACAAGUGAAAUCCUCCUCAAGAACAUACCCAUCCUUUACUGCCAGGUGAUAGAUGCCAGCUCAGGUGAAGGAGGCCAGGCUGUUACCAACAUCCCAAUAAGAGUGUCGGCCAAAGCCGAGUACAGCAAGUACAGCAUUGUGCCUGCCUCACCCACCGACUUCGGAGCCAUGAUCAAGGGCACCAAGAAGAGCCGGACUGUUGUGCUGAAGAACAACGGCACGCUCAGCUUCAAAUUCCACAUCCGCCGAGAACCCAAGCUUGCAUCUGCAUUGGAAAGCAAAAGUUCAAAGCAAGGGGAGUCUGCUCCAUCAGCUAAAAAGCGCUCAAAAGGAAGGAAAUCAGGCUCCUCGACACAGGGUCACCUCAGGCUUGGCAUGUUCACAGUGUCCCCCUGCUCCGGCUCCGUCCAUCCGUCACGCAUGCAGUUGAUCAAAGUGGAGUGCCUCGCAGAGCAGGAGGGGACAUGGGAGGAGCAGAUCUACAUUGACAUCAUGGACAGAGACCCCACAGACAAUCCCCUCGGCAUUCCCUUCACCCUGAUUGUCGAGACCUGCGUCCCAGGACUUGUUGAGAAUGUCGCGUCAAUCUUCAAGGAGUAUCCGAUCUGCAGCAGCGCCGACCUCAGCCACCAGCUGCAGUCGGUGAAAGGCACGGGCCUCUUUGUCAGAGAUGAGAACAGAUUCAUCUUCAGCAAGGUUCAGGUUGGGCAAGAGGCAGAAACCCAUUUCAGUAUCUGCAAUGCUUGCCGUCUGCCAUGUGACGUGGCCCUCUCCAUCAAACCCCUGCCUGGAGAGGAACAAAGCCUUAUCAACAACAUUUUCAAGCUGGAUCCAGUCAAGAUGUCCAUUCGUGGCUCGUCCUCUGCCGUUGCUACGGUGACCUUCACUCCGCCAGACAAGCAGAGCUACGACUGCACCUUCGAGGCUUCCCUUGAGAUGCCCAAGGGGUAA